AACAAUAUGGGGGUGAGCAUGCUAGGUAAAUAACAUUGUAUACAUAUUGACGAGGGUAUCCUAUGCGGAACGCCGGUGCCCCGCCGCGAUUAUCAUGUGCAAGUACAUAUAUAUGUAUGCAUUAUUUAUAGAUCGGAGUAGUCGGUAUAGAUCGGCAAUCAAUAGAUCGAUUGUCGCGAGCAGACAGAUAGAUGUUGUAUUGAGAAAUCGCCCACCGCCAGUCAGCUCCGCACAGCCAACCCGCCCGGUCAGGCAGUUCGCCACCAAAUACCGUUGUACAAACGGAUUUAUCGUGCCCAACAUGUAACCGCCGGUCGCACGAACAUGGUGCUAAUUAUUAUAUAUGCGCAGGUGUUAUUGAUGUGCGCACGCGGCGCCGAACCAAAAAUCGUGUAUUCCAGACCGCCACGCAACGACACUGAAAUGACGGUGCCGGCGGCCGAAGUGGACGACGACGAGACGACCGCGGCGAAUACGACGACGGCAGCGCUGGCCACGUUGGCGUCGACCGGCCGCCGGUACGCGGACAGCAGCAAGAGCAUGUCGUCGAGGAACAACCACUAUUACGGCGUGCAGUAUUACGCGCCGCCCGUCGUGCACGACACCGCCGUCGCCGACGCCUUCGGCCGCCAACUGCAGCAAAUGCAGCAACAGCACCACCACCAACGGCACGCGCUGCAGCAACCGACCGUGGCCGCUGCGGCGUACCAUCAACGCGAUGGUGACCGCGCGCCGUGGGAACAGACAGCCACCAUGGUGCACGCCGACGGCGGACCGAUACUUAUGAACCCGUUACAGCUGCAACCGGUCUACGACGACCCGUCGACGGCCCGGUACGCGCCGCCCAAACCGCACAGGGCCCAGCCCUUGGCCAGGAUCGUCAAGUACACGGAACCGGCGGCGGCGGCCGUGGCGUACCAGCUCCCGUACCUGGCGGCCGAGGCCGACGACCGGGCGCUGUUGGACAACCUGCCGGCACUCCAGUUCGCGCUCCAGCACGCCACCGGCAAGACGCCGCCGCCGCCGUUGGUCACGACGUCCGGUCACCAGCAGUACGCGGCACUCCAGCAACCGCCCAACCACCAUCACCACCUCCGUCACUAUCCGGUCAAACAGACACCCACUGCCGCCGUGCACCCGGUCUACCCGCAGCCCGCGCCGUAUCCGCACAUGCAGCACCGCAACCACCAGAGGCUACUGCAGCUGCAUCCCGGCCAUCAUGCUCACCUGCAACACCGGUACGCCACUUACGGCGCUGCGCAACCGGCCGCCCGGUACACCCAGGUGCCGUUCCUGUACAACCUGCAGGCACCGCCGACCGCGCAGCGACACCUGUUGGCGCCGGCCGAGUACGAUCUGGUGUCUAGGUUCAACAGACUGAUCAAGCAGCGCGAGCAAGACGACCGGCGUCGCGUCCAGGAAUCAACCCGGCGGCGGCGGCCGGAGGACGGUGCUGACGUCAGCGGUGACGUCAAUGUUGGUAACGACGGCGACGACGGCGAGGAAGAGGAGACGGCCACCCGACCGGCGGUCAAGACGAAAAAGUCCAAGAAGAAGAAGAAGAAAAAGAAGAAGAAACCCACUACCCCCGCGCCGCCGGCUCCUGUCGAAGAAGAACUCGACGAAGAGGACGGUGACAAACGGCAGCUAUCGCCGUCACGGCAGCACAAACAACUACUGCAGCAGGACGACGACCGGGCCGACGAGGAACAGCCCAACACCGAGGAACAAGAAUCGCAAAACGUGCACACGAGCGAAAAGUUACCCGAAGGCUCGGUCGUUCAAGAAACCGAAGAUGAACUGCAACACACGUUGGAUGAACCGUCUCAGCUCAGUGAACAGUUUGGCGGCGACUUAACAUUCGAAGACGGUGGUGGCGAACGGGUAGAAUUCCAGCUACACGGCAUCACUGGUCCCGAUUCGUACAAAUUUGGAUUCGACACCGGCAAAGGGUCCAACAGACAGUUCCGGUAUGAGGAAAGGGACAACGGAGGAAACGUCCACGGCCAUUAUGGAUACCUGGAUAACGACGGAAAGAUGCAAGUGUAUAACUACAGUUCACAUCCAGAACUCGGAUAUCGCGCGCAAAAGGCUGAAACCCUCGAGGUGUGAAAGCAGUUGACUAUGAUGUGAUGUGAUUAUUAUAUCAUAGGUAAAAUAAUAUAAUUGUUAAUAAAUUGUUUAUAAACUAAUUGUAAGUAUCGUAGUGCGUAUACGAAUUAUAUGUAUUAUAUAAUAUUACAGACCCCUAUUGUCGUUGUAAUAUGUGCCUAUCAAUAAACGAUUCGUU